AUGGGCUUGCUGAGCAUAUUUAAAGGUUCACAGAAGGUCUCUAAAAAAGAGCUGGCCGAGAUCGAACGAGUCAUAGAAGUGUGCGACCAUCAAUGCGGCGAGUGCGACCCAGUCGAAGGCGGCAGCGCUGAUAUGGAGAAGGAAGAAACGAAAUUUGGAAAGUUGAAGAUCGAGCACGAUACACCAUUGUUCGGGUCGUCCAAGAGCGCAAAAAUACAUUUUGUGGUUCCCACGUCACAGACAGAUUGGGCGCAUGACGCAUGCGAUGAAAGACAGGGGUCUGUGCAGCAGCGAAUCAGCCAAUGGAUCGAAAAACGAGGAUCAGACUUCCCUCAAGGCCCUGGCGCGACGCUAAAGUGCAGCGUUUCUUCGUUGCCAAUCGAUAUGAUGGACAUUGAUGUGAUGCGUGGUGUGAAAAAUGACGUCCUGGUGCUGCCGCAUUUUCUUAAAAUCAAAGCUCUCAAAGCAUCGGACGUCGCGACACAGCUGGACUUCCUGGUGCCACUGUUGGUGGAAAACAAGCGCGAGCAACUGCUAGCUCUGGAGAAUAUCGUAGAAGCACACGAAAAUUCGUUCGUAUUCCUGUGCUCGCACAAAACCCGCGAUAAACGGUGCGGGAUUACAGCCCCAAUUCUGCAGAAACUGUUCUACCAAGAGCUGCAGCCACAUGGAUUGUACCGUGACGCCUCUGACUUUCGGCCUGGCGGGUGCACCGUGGGUUUUGUCAACCAUGUUGGCGGGCACAAAUUCGCGUCCAACGUGAUCAUAUAUCUGAAGUCGUCCCACUCGCUCAUUUGGCUCGCCAGAGUCACCCCCAAAAACAUCCCGGCCAUUGUCAACCUUAUGAUAGUUCCGGAAAAGCCUCAGCUUCCUUGGCCCGAGAAGGUACGGUGCGUGGAGAAAUACGCCGCGUGGUGA